AUGAACCCGGCCGCCGGUAUGUUUCCAAUGUUUCCACCGCCGCCGCCGCCGCCACCACCUUUCCACUACGCGUUCCCGAUGCAGCCCCCGCCGUACUUCUACCAUGCACCCAUGUCGCCGGUAUGGCCGUCGUCCGCGGUCCCGGUGCGCUCCGUGUGGGCGCCCAACCUCAAGCAUGAAUCGGCCAACCUCCGCCACGUCGCCAGGAACGCCCAGUACGUCGCCAUCGACGUGCACUACCCGGGCGUCGUCCACCACCCCAGCCAGGACCACAACGCCCUCACCGUGGAGGAGCGCUACGCCCUCGUGAAGGCCAACGUCGACGGCCUGAAGCCGCUCCAGCUCGGCAUCGCGCUCUACGACAGCGACGGCGGGUACCUCGACGCCUGGGAGUUCAACCUCCGCGACUUCCGCCCCCAGGCCGACCCGCACGACGAGAACUCCCACGCGUACCUCGCCGGCCGCGGCCUCGACGUCGGCGUGCUCCGCGACCACGGCGUCAGCGCCGACGUGCUAAGCAAGAAGCUGUUUGAAUCCGGCCUGAUCAGCGCUCGGCCUCGGCGUGGGCGGUCGCGGAGUUGGAUCACCUACGCUGGGGCCUACCAUGUCGCAUACCUGCUCAAGAUUGUCACCGGCGGCGCCCCGCUGCCGCGAGACGUGGCCGGGUUCAACGGCGCCGUGCGGCGUUACCUCGGCGACCAGGUCUAUGAUGUGGCUAGGAUGGCGGCCGACUGCCUGGACAUGCCGCUCGGGCUGGAGAGCAUCGCCGCUCACCUCGGCUUCCAUCCGCCGCUGGGGAGCCCACGCCUCGCAGCUGCCGCCGGCGUGCACGCGCUGCAGGUAUUCAUGCGGCUGAAGUACGGAAAACUCGGCGGCGAUGUGCGGAGGUACCGGGGUCUUCUUGAAGGCCUGCAUUAG